AUGUAUAUCCUACCCUGGUUAGUUUGCUUGGUGGCAGUAUCAACUGCUGCCCCAGCAACCUUCUAUGACGACGCAUACGAUUACUCAGAUGAUCUCCUGGAGUACUAUGGAAAAGUGAGCAAGAAGAUCAACCAAUUGAGGCAUACAUCCUCGCCUACCAAGGCAUCCGAAUCAUGCGAUACAUCCAAGAUCUCUCUGCCGGCCUUUGCAUCCAGCCUUCCCAGCCCAACUGGUUUGACUGCUACUUAUGUCGCUCUUGGACGGGGUACUCAAAACUAUACCUGUGCCGAUUCCACCGCGAGCUCUACUCCUGUUGCGAUUGGUGCGGUCGCAAACCUCUACGAUGCCACCUGCCUCGCUGCCAAUGAGCCCGAUCUCCUAGCAGAUCUGCCCACUAUCGCAUACAAGAUUGCUCUCCCAACAAACGAGUAUGCAACUUUCCCACCCGCCAAUCUCGAAUUAAUGGGUCAUCAUUUUUUUCUACAACCUUACUACACCCGAGAAAAGCAGUACGGUAUUGCAAUGACCAACAAAAAGGACUCAAUUAAUGCUCCCUCGGAUGCCACCAAGGGCGAGUACGGUGCUGUUACUUGGCUUUACCUGGAAGCUGUAUCAGGAACUGUUGGUGACUACAAGGCUGUCUAUCGAGUUGAUACUGCUUCAGGCUCUUCUCCAACUACUUGUAAGGGUAUGGCAUCUGCAUUUGAAAUCCAAUAUUCAGCUGUGUACUACUUCUACAGUUAG